AUGAAAGCAAAUAAUAAAAAUAACCAUUGUGUGUAUAUAUGCGCGGAGAUACAAAGGAGAUCGAAAGAGAAGAGGAAGAGGAAGAAGAAGAAUGGUGGCUGUUCAGUUGUUAAGCUGGAAGCCAUUGAUUCUAACUUCUCAAGCUUUGAGGCGAAAUCGAUUCCCUUCUU